AUGCGCACAGCGCCGGCGGAAGCGGCGGCAGCAGCGGCAGCGCUGGCGGAGCAGCUGCGGCGGGGCGGCGGCGGCGGCGGCGCCCGGGUGGGGCUGUGCCUGCUGUGCGGGCUGCCCGCGGCCGGCAAGUCCACCCUGGCCCGCGCCCUGAGCCGCCGGCUGCCGCAGCACCCGGGCUGGGCCUGCGCCCUGCUCGCCUACGACGAGCUCAUCCCGCCGGAGGCCUUCCGCCCGCGCGCGCCGGGGGCGGGCCCGCAAGAGCCGUCCCCAUUGCUGCCCGGCUGGAAGCAGAGCCGCCGCGAGCUGCUGCAGUGCCUGGAGGGAUUCCUGCGGGCGCUGCUCACCGGGGCGCCGCUGCCCGGCCCCGCGCAGCCGGGCUGCGAGCGCUUCCUGGGCUGCUGCCGCCGGGAGGGGCUGCUGCCCGCCGCGGAGGGGGAGGCCGGAGCCUCCUCCCGGCCGCUCCUCCUCCUGCUGGAUGACAACUUCUAUUACCAGAGCAUGCGCCACGAGGUGUACCAGCUGGCCCGCAAAUAUUCCUUGGGCUUCUGCCAGUUAUUUUUAGAGUGUCCACUGGAAUGCUGCCUGCAGAGGAAUCGCCUCAGAAGUGAUCCUGUGCCCGAGCAGACAAUACAGUUAAUGGCAAGGAAAAUAGAAAUGCCAGAUCUCAGGAAAAACGCUUGGGAGCAGCACAGCCUCAUUCUGAAUAGUUCUGAUUGCAUCUCAGAGGAUGAUGAGCAGAUCAUGAACUUGCUGACCACUGCUUUGGAAAAUCCAGAGAGGCCAAACGAGGAGGACACAGAGCAAAAGGAGGCAGCUCGAGCCAUCUGUGCAGCCAGUGCUGUCCAUCAGGCUGACCAGGCGUGCAGGAAAAUCAUCUCUCAGGCAAUGCAGGAUGCCAAAGGUAAAAACAUUGUUCCAAGUGACAUGAAGAGCCUGGCAGAAGAACUCAACAAACUGAAAGCAGAAUUUUUGGAAGACUUGAGGCAAGGAAAGACUUUGAAAACCCAAUAUUCUGACCCUGCUACAAGUGUUAUUUCUUCAUUCCAACAUGAGACAACCAAUGUAGUAAAUAAAUAUAUUUUAAAAUAA